AUGGGAGCUGACGAGAAGAAAGUAUUGCUACUGGGCGCUGGGAUGGUUAGCGGACCAUUUGCUGACUUUUAUUCGAAGCAAGCCAAGGUACACGUGACUGUGGCCACCGAAUCUCGUGAAGACGGUCAUCGUCUGGCAAAGAGUGAUAACAUUACGCCGCUUGUUGUCGACGUAGCCAGGGAACAUGACGUACUGGACCAGCUAGUGAGGUAA